UUUAGGCUGAUAUUUAUAUAAUUUAGAUUAUUAUUCACCCACGCAUUUCGCUAAGCAUAUUCAUUAUGUCGUUGCAAUUUUAGAAACGAAUAAAAGGCAAAAUGCGAAAAAAAGGAUGGUUUUUUCACGCUACGGAUUUUCAAACUUUGAUGUAUCCUUGCUUCAUGUUUUGCCGCAUUCUUGGAAUAUUCCCGUAUAAGAUUAACAAUAUGAUCUUCGAGGCAUCAAAACCACGUUAUAUUUUAUCAACUGCAACUAUCUGUGUUUCAUGCGUUUCCCAUUUGAUAGUUUGUUAUCAGCUUCAGAUUUUUACAAAAAUCAACUUUGAAAAUACAAUCAAGUUACUUUCGCUUACCUGCGAUUUUAUAUUGCUCAGUACACUAGGAAUCGCCACGCUCAUCUUUAGUAAGCCGCGAAUGCGCUUGCUUCAGAUCAUAAUGGAGAUCUCUUCGAAACUAUCUCCGGAAUCAUAUCAGAAAUUGUCCGGAUUAAUCCACGCCAAAGACAUCUUUGGUUCCUUUUAUAUAAUUGGAAUGCUUUUUAUGUAUUCCUACAAGGAACGCCUUGAUGUUUUGCCCACAAUGUCUAUAAUAUAUAUAAAUCUAUUCAUAUUUCAUACGGACAUGCUGUACAUGAAUUGCGUUUGUGUGUUAAAGACUUGUGUCAAGGAAAUUGACAACAAUCUUUUACAUACGCUCAUAGUAAAUAAUAAACCACGUGUUCUCACGAUGAUUUACGAGAAGAGAAAUCCAUUUCUGAUAAUAAAGCUUAAGAAUCUAAUGAAGAAGCAUAUGGCAAUCAGCAACGCAGUACAGAUGCUAAAUAUGUCUUUGAGUGUGCAACUCCUUGUCUCGAUAAUCAUAAUCUUUUAUGACGUCAGUCUUAACACGUAUUUAUAUCUAGUUCAAUGGCAUAGUGAAUUGGUCUUCAAUUUGGAUAAACAAGUUGGUGAUAUAUACUUAUUAUACAUAUUAUAUUAUAUCAUAAAAACGGCGUUAAUUGUGUGGGCAUGCGAGACAUGCAAGAAUCAGGCUCAAGAGAUUCGCACUACGAUUCACCAUGUACUUAACAGCACCAGAGACGAGAAAAUAAAGUAUGAGUUGCAGUUAUUUUCCUGACAAACACUGCAUUGCAAAAUUAUGUUUUCCGCCAAAGGUUUCAAUGUAGAUGCAACAUUUCUUGCAAUAGUAAGUAAUCAAAUCGUUUACUUUAAAUAAUAAAAUGUAUCUUUCUUAUUUCGUUCAUUUUGAUUUCAGAUGGUUGGUACCAUUACCACAUAUAUGUUAAUAUCGGCUCAAUUCCUUG